GUGAGGUGGCAGACUGGCAGCAUCAGUGUUGCCCUCCGGCUGGUGGUGAAAAGACGCCUAUAUUGUGGUCCUCCUCCCCCACUGCUUACGGACUCCACAUCUUUACAGAGAAGCCCCGAGCCCCUCACACUGGUCAUGACGAUCGACAUUUUGAUCAACCCUGGGUCGGUAGUGACGCCCCUCAGACCGCUGUGGUUCACCUACUUCACGCUCUCAGUUCCACUUGGUGACAGAAACUUUGACGCCAUCCAGCUAGCUACGGCAGUAACCUUCGCCUUCCGAAUCCAGAUUAACCUCUACACACUUUUCAACGGACAGUCUCGUAUAGGAAGGAGCAUCCAGGAGGACCAGCUGGACCUGUUCCGGCAGAUAGAGGACAACAUCGCAACCAUGGGUCUGGACGGCCACGCCUGCAUUCUCAGAUUCAUCUGCGAAAUGCAGACCAACAGAUUCUCCAGCUCCUCCAUAUUCGGCGAAAUCUUCUCUCUCGUGUUUACACCCAAGCCAGGUGAAGACUACAUUUUACUCAAGGACUACAUAGCCGCUGAGAUGGCCGGCCAGGAGGCAGAUAGAACGGCCGGGCCCACACUCACUUGCGCUGAAAGGUACCUCACCUGCCCCGUGUCUGUAUUCGCUUUCUUGAGACACAUCCACAACGGCCUCGGCUUCUCCACCCAGGGUGACAGACCCCUCAACGCCACCUCCUCCAACCUCCAAGAAAACCUAAUCCUCCCCAUGGACAGUGAUCUGUAACCCCGGAGAACAGACUCUCCAGCGCCGCCUGCUCCACGGGUCAGUGCACCACGCACAUGACCCGCGAAUGUAUGGUGUACUUGACCCCAUGGAAGGUGUGGUCCAACCUGUGAAAGGCAUGGUGCACAUGACCUGUGAUAGGCGUGGUGCACAUGAUUCAUCUACUAUGUACACCCCAUCCUAUAGUGUUCACGGCAAAUCCUUGGUGUGCACACAUCUCCCCUUCACCUAAAAUGCGUACAAAACUCGUUCGUCCAAAACAAACUACAUAACACACACACGCUAGUCUAGAUAAUAUGCUCAAGUUAACAUACACAGGAUAACACACUCAAGAUAACACACUCAAGAUAACACACUCAAGAUAACACACUCAAGAUAACACACCCAACGUAACAUACACUUAGGGUACAGGAAAUUCACCGUAGUACCUCCAUUAUUAUUUAUUCUUUAUCCUCUUCACCACUGAUCGGCUUGUUAGCCACUUGGGCGAUUUAUUCAAUUUAGGACAAGUUAGGUGAUUUUGAUGCAUAUGUUGGUGAUCACACACAUUUGUUCUUUUUGUAUGAUGUAAGAUGUAUACUAUAUGUGGCCUAGUUUACAACGUAUACACAGCCCUUGUUUUCUUUUUUUCUUUUAUUUAAAAUUUUACAAUUUACAUAUGUAUAUAGAUAUUACAUAUUAAUAUAUUUGUCCGUGAAAAUUUUGGAUGACUUUUCUCUUAAAAUAGACUUGAUCAUCCAUUUAUUAUAAUAUAUCCUCCUUUUAAUUAAAGCUAUAUUCUCCUCAACAUUAUAAUUUUCCUUCCUACUUAACCACAUACAGUAAUAUAAUCUGACAUUAGCUAUUAACAUUGCUGACUGUUCAGGAAAUUUUUAAACCAUUUAAUUAUCUCUUUGUUAUGGAAGCAGAAGCAAAAUGUAUGGGCAAACCUAACAAACCUAACCCAAUCUAACAAAUCUAGUCUAACCUAACAACAUAAGGUAGCAUAACCUAACCUAGUUUUGAAUGGUCGAUUACAUUGAUGAUAAGAAAAAAAUCAUGGGGUCGUUGGUUAUCUACAGGUACUGUACUUGUAAAAAUAUACCAAUACAGUAUAAAUUAUGUAAUGGAUAUUCUACCUCACCAUAUCUUAUAUACAACCAUCAUCUUGUUCUAUGUUUAAAAUUUUUAAUCUGUGAUUUGUUGGUAGAGUUUCAUUAAUAUACCUAUAAGUAUAUGAAACCUCUCUGGUGAGGAUCCAUAUAUUUACAUGUAAUAUUUUCCCAAAUAAAAG